AUUCAACGUUCUGUUUCCAACUUGGACCAGCUAGCUCUCUCUCUCUCUCUCACCUCUCGAAACUUUUGAAAUUAAAAAAAGAAAAGAAAAAGCAUUUCUAGGGUUUGUUCCUCGAAAAUCAAAUUCCGAAUUCGACCCCUUUCUCCAGAUUCAUCUGCUGGGUAUUCGCCGGAUAGAGAGGGUGGUUUGGAAAAAGGAAGAUGAGAGGUUCGGAUCUAUUUGACCCUAAGACGUCGACGGACAUGGAUUCCAUUUUGUCUCGCCGCGACUCGUCACCCGGCGCUGAUUUCGGCUUCGCUUUCAACGACAGCAACUUCUCCGACCGCUUGCUCCGAAUCGAGAUCCUGGGUGAAGGUUGCUGCACGAGUAUCGCCGAUUGGGCUCGCCAUCGCAAGAGGACAAGAGAUGAUAAAAAUAAGGACAUUGUGGCGUGUCCUGAAGAGCAGAUUAUAACCGACAACAACCAACCUGAUAUGGAUGAUUGUCCUGGUGGUGACGAAGAAGGAGAGGCAAUGGUGGAAGAGGCUCUAUCAGGUGGUGGUGAUGAUGAUGAGGAUGAUGAUGCGUCUAGUGAACCAAACUGGGGAAUGGACCAUUCCGCUGUUGUUAAUGUUAAGGAACUUCAUAUUAGUUCUCCUAUCUUGGCUGCUAAAAGCCCCUUUUUCUACAAGCUGUUCUCCAAUGGCAUGAGGGAAUCAGAACAAAGACAUGUUACCCUUAGAAUUAGUGCACAAGAGGAAGGUGCUUUGAUGGAGCUUUUAAACUUUAUUUAUAGCAGCUCUCUAACUGUCACAACAGCACCUGCUUUAUUAGAUGUGCUUAUGGCUGCUGACAAGUUUGAGGUUGCUUCAUGCAUGAGGUACUGCAGCAGACUUCUCCGCAACAUGCCUAUGACCCCUGAUUCCGCUUUGCUCUAUCUCGACCUUCCCUCCACUGUUUUAAUGGCUGAAGCGGUCCAACCUCUAACUGACGCGGCCAAGCAGUUCCUUGCCUCGCGUUACAAGGAUAUUACCAAGUUUCAAGAAGAGGUUAUGGCCUUGCCGUUGGCUGGAAUAGAGGCGAUACUAUCGAGCGAUGAUCUCCAAAUUGCUUCUGAGGACGCUGUUUAUGAUUUUGUGUUGAAAUGGGCAAGGGGACAGUACAGUUCAUUGGAAGACCGUAGAGAGAUUCUCGGUUCACGCCUUGCGCUCUGCAUCCGCUUCCCAUACAUGACGUGCAGAAAACUCAAAAAGGUACUAACGUGCAGUGACUUUGAGCAUGAAGUAGCAUCAAAGCAGGUUCUAGAAGCGCUCUUCUUCAAAGCAGAAGCCCCGCAUAGGCAACGCAUUCUAUCCGCUGAAGGAUCAGACUCCACGAACCGCCGUUUCAUAGAGAGGGCUUACAAAUACAGACCCGUAAAAGUUGUGGAAUUCGAGCUUCCUCGUCCGCAAUGUGUAGUGUACCUAGACUUGAAGCGAGAGGAAUGCGCAGGACUGUUCCCUUCGGGAAGAGUUUAUUCUCAGGCUUUUCACUUAGGAGGUCAGGGCUUCUUCCUCUCGGCGCACUGCAACAUGGACCAGCAAAGCUCGUUUCACUGCUUUGGUCUUUUCCUUGGGAUGCAAGAGAAAGGAGCUGUGAGUUUCGGUGUGGACUAUGAGUUCGCAGCUAGACAGAAACCUUCGCAGGAUUACUCGAGCAAAUACAAAGGAAACUACACGUUCACCGGUGGGAAAGCGGUUGGUUAUAGAAACCUUUUUGCGAUUCCUUGGACUUCGUUUAUCGCAGAGGACAGUCAGUACUUCAUCAAUGGCGUUCUCCAUCUCCGCGCUGAGCUCACCAUCAACAGAACUUAACUGAUCAGUUUCCCUCUCCUCUUUCUCCAUAUAUAAGCUGCAUUAUCUCUUGAUGUAGCAGCUCUAACCAUGAGUGUGUUGUGUAAUUUGUCUAGGGAGAAGCAAAAAUGCAAGGUUUUCAAUAGAGUACGAACGCUGUAAAUUUGAAUGGAAUUUAACUUUUUCUAUC